UCGUGUGCUAUAGUGGAGUUACUGGAUGACACAGAUCACACAGAUCUUGUAGGUCGAGACAAUACACAAUUGAACAUAAAGACCCAGUAUUUGAGGAAGUUGCUUAUUUACAUUCAGCAGGCUGUUUUUAAGGAAAAUAGGCAUUUGCAGUGCGUUGCUGUUAUUUGUCUUCACAACUUGCUGACACGAUACUUGAAGCCACAGGUAUUGAAAACAGGCCACAGUCUGGUAGAACAGCCAUGGAAUAGAUUCAUGCUGACCACACUGCUGGAAACCUUUGAAGCAAGAAAGACUCCAACCUGUGUGUUAGCAAUUGUUAACUUGCUGGUCAGCCGUGUUGGUGGAGAGUUAGUCAAAGUAAAACAGCUUGAAAACAUAGUGACAGCAUUUUUGAAAGGAGACUUGAACCAGGACAGUUGGUGGAACGAUGUUGUUAUAUUUCUUCACUAUGUGUGUCAUAAUCAUAUAUUAGAUUCCAACCUUGAGAAGAAAGUUAUCAACAAGCUUGAAGAGAAUCACCAAUAUACUGACCAAUGUAGACAAAGUGAUGAUACCAAGAAAAUAUCAAAGAUGUAUGCAAUAUUUGACAGAUCUAUAAAUGCCUAAAUGGAUUCUUAUUUUGUCUGAUCUACUGAUCUACAAAAACUACAAACUACCAAGGUGGAAAAGUGGGCAUGAUGUUAUAAUAUGUUGUUAUAUUCAUUUUGAUAAAGUCUAUCUUAUCAAUAAUUCCAAUGUUUUACUAAAUAUAUAGAUAAUAUGUGAUCUGAAAUGGAUUUAUAUGUAAUCAACUAAAAAAAAACUUGCUGUGAUAGGGAAGAAUUACACAUAGACUAGUUGUUAACACAAUUAUUGUACCUUAUAGAUAUGAGUGAAUUUGAAAAAGAAAACAGUAAAUGUUAUUAUGUCAAAGAAAACUUAC